AUGAUGAUGGAAAAUAGUAAAAAUAAAUCAGAAGAAAUAUUUAAUGAAAAGGUAUAAAUAUAAUAAUAAAAAGAAUACUCUAUUAAAAUAUUGUAAGCUUAAACAUGUCUUCAAAAAGGAUUAGCUUAAUUAUCAUAAAUCAGAAAGUAGAAUUUGAUCAAUAAAUUAAAACAAAAUCAUUUAAAAAAAGCUUAAAAUUUAAUGAAUAAGUUGAAAAAUUCAACACAUAAGCAAGCACUUAGAAUUUUAGGAGGAGGUUAAUGCUGCAGUUAAGACAAUUCCACUUUAAGGGAGAUUCAUUAGUACAACAUUCAAGAAAAAAUUAGAGACCUAAACUUACCUCAAGCUUUAUAACCUUAAGACAAUAAUCAAAAUAGUUAGUAGACCAACAUUAAUAUUAUUAAUGAGCUUCCAAGUAUUUUUCCUAAAAAUGCUUUUAGCUAAUCACAUGUUACCCAAGUAAUCGAAAAAUUUGACUAGGCAUCAGAAGUGAAGGAAAUAUUUUAGAAGUACCUUAAUCAUAAAAAAGUGGAGAUCUUGAUGGGAAUUGAUUUUUAUAGAAAUAGCUUAGUAGAAGCUUUCAAUAUUAUUUUACUUUACUUUGUUUCAGGAACUUAAGAAUUAGAUAAAGACGACAGAAACGGACUUAUUAAAUACUUGGAAGUGUUCCUCAAUCACCUUAAAGAUAAUAGUAAAUUAUUUUCUUGUUAGGAUCUUGAGUUUGCUUUUUCUUUUUUGAGUGAUUUUAAUGAAGAAGAUUUUAAAGAUGCUCAAAAUCAAAAUUAAAUUGCAGAGUUUUCAUAAUUUGUUUAAAAAUUGUUAACUGGAAAACUAGAUAAUUCACAAGAGAAUUAACUAUUAAAUAAUAUUGAGCAGGUCGCAUUCUCUAAAUAAUAACAACUUUAAUGUGUUUGGUAAAUUGUUGACAAGGUUCAUGAAAAAAUAAAAUCUUUUUCAAAAGAUAAUGUCUUCUAUUUGUUUGUUGCCUUGAUUGCUUAAAAGCAUAAAAAGUUUGGUAAAAUUUAAAAUAUUUAAGCAAGUGAAGAACUACUUUUCUACAUAGAAAAAUUUGUUGAAUACUCAAACAAAGAAACUUCGAGCUACAUAAUUCUGUAUAUUCUAAUCUAAAUAAACAGCAUUUUAUCAAAUACUAAAGCUUAGAUCAACCAAGAUGUUCAAAAUCAGUAUUUAAAUAAUUAAAUUGUGCUUCAAUUCAUCCAAAUGUUGAAAUAAUAAUCUACACAAAAGCACUAAUCUGAAAAUUUUUUAUUGUUCUUUAAAUUCACUGUUAAAGAUGCUACCUUUAGGUACUUAUCUAAUUCAAUUCUUCUGAAAUAUUUUUCUAUUCUAAAAACUAAGCAAAAUUCUGAUGCUGAAAAUUUAUGGGUCCAUCUUGUCUAUUGCUAUGCUACAGAAAAAAAUGAAGCAGUUAAGCUAGCUUUUUAGAAUAACACAGCAUUUGUUGAAAGAGUCAAUCAAGAAGUAUAGAAAAACCCAACUAAAAUUGGAAAUGAAGUAAUUCAGUACUAGCAAGACAGAAAGUAAGAAAUGCAGAAUAAUAAAAUCAGUAAAGAUGAGAUAGAAUAAAUAGAAGAUACAAUUAAAGAUCCCAGCGAUUUCUUGUAAAAAAUAUCGAUUAAGUUGAUUGAAUAGUGGGAGUUAGAAGCAAGAAAAAGACUGGAAAAAGACAUAGCUCAGAAAGAUGACAUUUUACUUGAAGUGUAAGAUCUGUAUAUCGAUUAAAAUAUUAAGUAUCUAUAAGGAAACAACAUAUUCAAUGAUUAAUAAGACUAGAAAUAAAAAUAAAAUGCUUUAUAGUAAAUUAUAAAUAACUUUUUACUGAAAAGUAGUAAAGGAUAAUAGUGCAAUACCUUAGCGGUACUUGCAGAGGGAGGAACAGGAAAGUCUAUGCUGAUAAAAAAAUUAGAAACAGUGAUAAUGAAAGAAAAGAAUUCUAAUGCCUUGAAAUACAAUUCUGAAGUAAAUUUCAUUCCUUUGCUGAUCAAAUGUAAUAGCUUGGAUGCAAAUAAUCCGUCUUUAGAUAAUUAUUUGUUGAACUAAAAACUUAGUCUAGAUCAAAUUCAGAAACUAAAAACUUUACCUAUUAACAAGCUGAUUCUUUUAGAUGGAUAUGAUGAAUACGCUGGAGACUUCUUUAAAGUUCAUACUUAGUUUAAAUUAAAUGAAUGGAAGAAUACUCUUCUUAUUGUUUCUUCUCGAAUGGAAAAAAUUAAUGAAAACGAUGCUGAAAAAUACUUUAGUAAUUACAACCAAUAAAAUUAGAUUGAAAAAUAAUCAUUGUGCAUUGUAAAGCUUGAAGAGUUUGAAAAAAAGGAUAUUUUUUAGUACUGUGAGAAAUUUUACAACAAGGAAGCUACUAAAAGUUAAAUUUAACUCAGCUAAGAGCAAUUCGUAAAUGUGGUAAAAGAGUCUCUCGAAAACAAAGAUAUGGCCAAUAUUCUGUAUCUCCCGAUAAACUUGUAUCUAUUUACAAGAAUGGCAAUCAACAAAUCACCUAAUGAAAUCAAAGAAUUAAUAAAAGACAUAUCUGACCAGAUUCAAAUACAAGAAAUUUUCUUUAAAGAAUAAUUCAACAGAGAAGCACUUGACUUUAUGACAUAGACACAAGAAGAUUUAUCGAAUAAAUCUUCUAAAGAGCAAAUUAUAAAUUAAUUCUUUAUUUACUUUUAAACUGUUGCGAUGGAAAUGUUUCGCAAUAAAGGAGAAAAGAGCAACUUUUUACAAAUAAAAAGAGAAGAAAUAAAAUUUAAUUUAAUAGGGUAAAUAGUUAAAACUCUUUCUGUGGACAAUUAAAAAAAGCUUAAAGAUAAAAUAGAAAAUUACGUGAAUUCUAAGAUCAUAACAAGAGUAAAAGAUGAAGCAAAUUAAGUUAUUCAAUCAACUUAAUAAAAGAUCAUAGAAUUUAAGCACAAGUCAUUAUUUGAAUAUUUUGUUGCAAGAGCAAUGAAAUUUGAUUUUGACAUCAAUCGAGAGAACAUUUGCAAUUUAAGCUUAGAAGAACUUUCCAAAUUCAAUAUCAACACAAAGCUGAUCAUGACUUAAGCAAAGAAUUAAUCAGAGUAGUAAAUUUUAAUUAAAUUUUAUAAGCUACUUCAAUAAGAAAUACUCUCUGAUUCUUUCUAUGAAAGCUACAAGAUUGAAGACAUAAAAAAAACAAAUAGAUUUAUCUAGUAUAUAAAGAAAUCUACUAUUCCUAGUCCUGAUAAGAAAAGUCAAAUAGAUAUUGGUGCAUCUAAUUUACUCUCUGCUUUGUUUAUUUCCAAAUUUUCUUAUUAAGGUUUAAAGUUUGAGCUCUGCUCUUUCUCUUGUGCUUACCUUUUGUUCAAUCAAAGAAAACAGGUCUCGUUUGUAAAAUGUAAUUUAAGCCAUGCGUAUUUAGAAACAGAUAGUCAGGAAAUGUUUUAAGGCUCAAAUUUAAAAUCUGCCAUGUUCAAAUCUUAUUCACUGACUUUAGAUACUAGCACUCUCACUCCUUUAUAUAAAUCAGCUUUUAGUGGAGAUAAUUUAAUUUCAAUAUCUAACUCAGGCUAUAUCAAUUGUAUCAGCUUGAAGGAUAACAUGGUUUAAGUAAUAAAUACAAAAAAAGUUUUACAAAAUGGAGAGUUUUGCGAAUAAAUUGAAAUAAUAAAUGAGAAAAAAAUAGCUUUUUGCAUCUCAAAAACUUUAUAUGAAAUAGAUGCUUAAACUCUUGAUGUAAUAACUAAACAUGAAUUCUCUAAAAAAAUAACUACUUUCACUUUUUCAAGAAACAAUAGUAAAUACUUAAUAAGCCUAUAGAAUUCAAAAAGUAAAUUGUAUGGUACAAUACAAGACGGCUUUAAAGACGUUUAUGCUGAAGGCUAUAAUCCAUUCUUAACUGAUAAAUUAAUAAUAUUAUAUAAUGGAUCGAUUCAAUUUUUAGAUAUAGAAAAAAACUUUUCUGUAAUUAAAACAGCAUAAACUCCUUAAAUAAAGAAUGCCUUGAUAACAAAGUCAGGUCUAAAUGCAGUUUUUUGUUUUGCGAGAGAACUAUAAGUGUGGGAUUUGAAAAGUUUGACUAUGACAAAAUAAAUUAAAAAAGAGCAUUUUCUUAAAUAUGCUGCUAUUUCUUAAGAUGAUCAAAUUUUAGCUCUUGCUUUUCUGAAUGAGUAAAAUGAAGGAGAAUAUAUUGAAUUAAUUCAUAAUAAUAAUAAUUAUUAGCGUAUAGCUAUUUAUCCCAUAAAUAAAUAAUAUGAAAAAUUAUCUUUUUCUUUAAAUGGCAACUUUAUUUGUUUAUCAUAAAAGGAGCAUCUCGAAAUAAUAAAUAAAGAAAAUGACAAAGACUAUAAAAAAAUGUUUGCUUUGGAUUAGAAAGCAGAGAUAAAAUGUGUUUCAUUCUCUCCAAAUGGUAGAUAUUUAGUUACAGGAAAUGAAGAUUAAAAUAUUAAAAUCUGGGAUGUCUAACUUGGAUAUAAACUAAUAAACAUCGUUUAGAUUUCAGAUGAAGUGAUUUCUAUUGCUUUUUCUCCUGACUCUAAAACCCUUUUAGUUGCUUGUAAAUAAAACUAAAGAGCUUAUCUUUGGAAUGUUGAAAAAGGAUUUCAAUUCAUAAAAGAAAUUAUGCUUGAAUCUCAACAGAUUGAGACUGCUAACUUUUCUUCAGAUGGUAAAUAUUUAGCAUUUGCUUUUGCUAAUAAUACUUUCUAGAUAAGGAAUGUGUUGAGCGAUUAUUAGAUAAUCAAAGAAAUAAAUGAAUAUAAAUAAGAGUAAUCAAAUUAAAAAUUGUAUGUCAUGGAGAUGGAGUCUAAGAGUUAACCAUAGCUACCUGCAGUAUUUUCAAUCGACAGUAAGUGCUUAGCAAUAGUAACAAACAAAAAAAUUUGCAGAUUGCUGGACGUAUAAAAAAAUUUUUAGUCAUUUAAAAGUAUUGAAGGCCAUACUGAUUAAAUAACAUCAAUUGCAUACUCGAAAAAUGGGAAAUAUAUGGCAACAAGUUCUAAAGAUACAACUUGUAAAAUUUGGAAUGUAUAGAAAGACUAUGAGCUGAUUACUACUAUUAAGGAUCAUACUAGCUCAAUACUUAGUAUUUCCUUUUCAGCUGAUUCUAAAUACCUAGCAACAGGCUCUUUUGAUCCAGCUUGUAAAAUUUGGAAUGCAGAAUAAGGAUUCACUUUAGAAAACAUUCUAAAAAUAAAAACUUCAAAAGUAGCUUUUUCUCCCACAGAGAAUCAUCUUGCGACGAAUAAGCUUUUAGAAUAAAAUGAGCAUACUUUAUAAGUUUGGAAUAUAAGUGUUGGAUACGAAAUUAUAAAAUAAUUAUAAGGUCAUACUCAAUAAAUAUCAUCACUAGCUCUAUCUUACGAUGAUAAGUUAAUCGCAACAGCUUCUUAAGACUGCACAUGUAAAAUCUGGGAUGCAAAAAAGGGAUUUGAGCUUAUACACACUGGCAUAGUGCAUUAAAAGGGGAUAAGAUAAGUAAUAUUCUCAAUUGACAAUAAACUCUUACUUACAUCUUGUGAAAAUUAUGUUAAAGUUUGGAAUAAAGAAAAAAAUUUUGAACUUUUAACUUCUAUAAAAUUGGAAUAAUCUCUAAAAUUAGAAUAAAAUGUUGCCCUAUCUCAUGAAUACCUAGUAAUAACAAAUAUUGGAGAAAUGUAAUUUUACAAUGUCAAUAAAGGUUUUAAGCUUGAAUUUAAAAAAUCUGCAUCAUCUUUUAUAAAAAAAUUAUACUUUUCAAGGGAUGGAAAGUAUUUAGCCUCACUUUAUUUAGGAGAGUAAUAUGAGGUUUAUGAUGCUUCAAAUAAAUUUGAAUAAGUUACGGUACUGUAAUACUAAUUUAAUAGCUCAGAAAAAUCAAUUUAAAACUUAGCAUUCUCCAUAGAUUCUUAGCAUAUCGCUUAUUCUAAUUAAAAGAAUGUUAGCAUUUAUUAAUAUUAAGACACAUGCUAAUUUGAAAACAUUGAUAACUUUGAAUGUGAAGAUAAUGUAUUUAGCUUAGAGUUCUUGAAUAAUAAUGAAUACUUAGUAAUGAUUAUUCCCAGUCAAGAUUUAAAGAUUUAUCAUCUGAAUAAUAAAUAUUUGCAUACCAUAAAAUUAGCUGAUACUAAUAUUCAAAAUUAUCUGGAAGGCGAAUAUAAUAUACAAAUAAUUUUUACAAAAGAUUAAAAAUACAUGUUACUUGGUUAUCAAGAUACUAUAUUCAGAGUUUAUUAAGUUGAAAGAUAAAAAGGAGUCUUAAACUAAGUUAUUGAAUAAGCUUUUAAAAUAUAAUAAGAGAAUUACUAUGACUAGUUUGGUAUUUUAAUUGAAUCUGAAGCAUAUAAAAAUUAAAAAUAGAGCAAUGACAUUUUUUUCGAAGUUUUCUAUGUAUGA